CGCCCCGGCCCUGGAGAGGGCAGGUCCUAGGGACCUUAUCGGGGCCGGCGAACCUGAUGGCGCCUCGGCCCAGUGCGCGAGAGGUGUUUCAAUCUCAGGGUUAAACAUAGUGUGUUGGCUAGGUCUGUAGUUAGCGCAGUAACGGGGUCUCCGGGCAUUUGCUGGGGCCUAAAGGGGAGAUCCGUAGGGUCAGCUUGUCCUCUCCACUUAAGGGGACGCCGCGCUGCCCGAGAGGCCUGUCUCUCGCAGUGUCCCGCGGGUGGGGGUGCAGGGGAGGCGACCCUAGGAUUGGAGACCCCGCGUCAGAUUUUCCUUCCCACCUGGGCGGCGGGGCUGAGAGAUCGCGACACUGUGGCCGGGACCGACUUGGCCCCCCGGGCGGAGCGCGCGGUGCGUCCCCGGCCCUGGCAGCGUGCGCUGGCAGCGGGUCCUCCAGGGACAGCUCUCCCGUGGGCUUCGCUGGAGUGGAAACCAGCCUAAAAUGGCUCUGUGCUUGUAAACUGCAGUUUCAGCCGGGAACCCCUCCCCUCGUCCUCCUGACGUCGCCGCUGACAAGCGCACAAUUCACUCUAACGCCCCGAAACCCGCGAUUUUGCACCGAGCUGUGCCGUGGAAGCGAAUAUACAACCGAUUACAAAGAACAUUCCUCAGGAUUCUCGCAGGGUCCAAGUUUCCCUUUCCUGUAGGAAGGGACGGGAGGUAAUUCUUGCUGCGGGAUGCGUUAAGAGAGGAGGACCCUUACUCACUAGGCAUGGAGGGCAGCUUGUCCGCGUCCAGCAUGCAGGAACCUGCCUCCUCACCCCCGGAGAAACAGCAGAGCUCAGCGAGCGGUCAUGGAGGUCUCGAUUCAGAAGAAGGUUCGGGCCUGGAGGAAAUCGGCUUUAACUGGGGGGAGUACCUGGAAGAAACAGGCGCCAGCGCAGCCCCUCACACAUCCUUCAAGCACGUUGAAAUCAGUCUUCAGAGCAAUUUCCAGCCAGGGAUGAAGUUGGAGGUAGCCAACAAGAACAACCCCGACACGUACUGGGUGGCCACGGUCAUCACCACGUGUGGGCAGCUGCUGCUUCUGCGUUACUGUGGAUACGGCGAGGACCGCCGGGCCGACUUCUGGUGUGACGUGGUGAUCGCGGAUCUGCACCCCGUGGGGUGGUGCACACAAAACAACAAGGCCUUGAUGCCCCCGGACGCAAUCAAAGAGAAGUACACAGACUGGACGGAAUUCCUCAUUCGUGACUUGACUGGUUCCCGGACGGCGCCGGCCAACCUCCUGGAAGGUCCUCUGCGAGGGAAAGGCCCUAUAGACCUCAUUACAGUUGAUUCCUUAAUAGAACUUCAGGAUUCUCAGAGCCCUUUUCAGUACUGGAUAGUUAGUGUGAUUGAAAAUGUUGGAGGAAGAUUACGCCUUCGCUAUGUGGGAUUGGAGGACACUGAAUCCUAUGACCAGUGGUUGUUUUACUUGGAUUACAGACUUCGACCAGUUGGUUGGUGUCAAGAGAAUAAAUACAGAAUGGACCCACCUUCAGAAAUCUAUCCUUUGAAGAUGGCAUCUGAGUGGAAAUGUGCUCUGGAAAAAUCUCUCGCUGAUGCCGCCCAGUUUCCUCUUCCGAUGGAAGUAUUUAAGGAUCAUGCCGAUCUGCGAAGCCAUUUCUUCACAGUCGGGAUGAAGCUGGAAACAGUGAAUCUGAGCGAGCCCUUUCAUAUCUGUCCUGCAUCAGUGACCAAGGUUUUUAACAAUCAUUUUUUUCAAGUGACUAUUGACGACCUAAGGGCAGAACCCAGUAAUCUCUCGAUGCUGUGCCAUGCGGAUUCUUUGGGGAUUUUACCAGUACAAUGGUGCCUUAAAAAUGGAGUCAAUCUCACGCCUCCCAAAGGUUACUCCGGCCAGGACUUCGACUGGGCCGAUUAUCACAAGCAGCACGGGACAGAAGAAGCCCCUCCCUUCUGCUUCAGAAAUACCACGUUCAGUCGGGGUUUCACGAAGAACAUGAAGCUCGAAGCCGUCAACCCCAGGAACCCAGGAGAGCUCUGCGUGGCCUCUGUGGUCCGUGUGAAGGGGAGGCUGAUGUGGCUUCACCUGGAAGGUCUGCAGACUCCUUCCCCUGAGUUCAUUGUUGACGUGGAGUCCAUGGACAUCUUCCCCGUGGGCUGGUGCGAAGCGAACUCGUACCCUCUGACCACACCGCACAAAACCAUCUCACAAAAGAAGAGAAAGAUUGCAGUCGUGCAACCAGAAAAACAAUUGCCAUCCACAGUGCCUGUUGAGAAAAUACCUCAUGACCUUUGUUUAUUCCCUCACCUGGACACCGCAGGCCCUGUCAACGGGAAGUACUGCUGUCCGCAGCUCUUCAUCAACCACAGGUGUUUCUCGGGCCCUUACCUGAACAAGGGCCGGAUCGCCGAGCUACCUCAGUCGGUGGGACCGGGCAAGUGCGUGCUGGUGCUGAAGGAGGUUCUUAGCAUGAUCAUCAAUGCGGCUUACAAGCCUGGAAGGGUGUUGAGAGAAUUGCAGCUGGUGGAGGAUCCUCACUGGAAUUUUCAGGAGGAGACGCUGAAGGCAAAGUACAGAGGCAAAACGUACCGCGCCGUGGCCAAGAUCGUGCGGACGUCUGACCAGGUAGCAGAUUUCUGCCGGCGGGUUUGUGCCAAGCUGGAAUGCUGCCCAAAUCUGUUUAGUCCCGUGCUGGUUUCGGAGAACUGCCCGGAGAACUGCUCCAUUCACACCAAAACCAAGUACACCUAUUACUAUGGAAAGAGAAAGAAGAUCGUGAAGCCCCCGAUAGGGGAAGCCAGCACUGAGAGCGGACACCCGAAGCCCGCCAGACGCAGGAAACGGCGAAAAUCCAUCUUUGUGCAGAAGAAGCGGAGAUCUUCCGCCGUGGACUUGGCCGUGGGCUCGGGCGAGGAGAGCGCGCAGGAGGACGGGGACGCCGCGGACGAGGACUCGGGCAGUGAGGAGACCGGCUCCGAGCUCCGCGGUGACCAGACGGAUGCCUCUUCAGCCGAGGUCCCCUCCGCGCGGCCCCGGAGGGCCGUCACCCUGAGGAGCAGCUCAGAGCCCGAGCGCCGGCCACCCGUGGAAAGGCCUCGAAGGGGCCGGAGGGCACAGGCUGCUUCCUGUACCGAGGGGGCAGAGCAGGGUGUGGCCACCGGCCAGGACCCGGCUGAGGACACAAAGCAGCAGGAGGAGGAGAGACUCGUUCUGGAGAGCAACCCGCUGGAGUGGACCGUGACCGACGUGGUGAGGUUCAUCAAGCUGACAGACUGCGCCCCACUGGCCAAGAUCUUUCAGGAACAGGACAUCGACGGGCAGGCGCUGCUCUUGCUGACGCUGCCCACGGUGCAGGAGUGCAUGGAGCUGAAGCUGGGGCCCGCCAUCAAGCUGUGCCAUCAGAUCGAGCGGGUUAAAGUGGCCUUCUACGCCCAGUACGCCAACUGACGCCGCCCUCUCGGAGGGGACCGGCGCUGUGGUGGUGCAGCGUCUUGGGAAAGUUUGGGGACCAGUGCUUUGUUUUUUGGGUGACGGGAGCUGAUACACGCACUUAGUACUAAGCGCCAGAAGGCAGCACGGAGGACCUCCUGCCUCUCCAGCCUCUGUGCCAGUACCACGUUUUCAAGCACACCCGCCACUGCGGCGGGGGCCCCUGGAGUGCUGGGCACUGCGGGAAGAGGAAGAGCUGCUCUGUACGUCCGCCUCUCGGCUUUCUCCCUCCGCAAGCCAGGAGGCUCCUGCGAAGGGCCCUCCUCAGCCACGGCCCACUUGGCUUUGAAAAUGAAGGCACAGGUGAUGUCUUUCCUGCACGAACCCAGAGAGGACACCAGCCAGUGGCUUUGCUCUGCUCGCUGGUGACGAUGCACGUGUGGCUGUGGCUGCACGGAUGCCGAUUUGAUCUCGGUGGCAGCUUCAUUCUCAGACACACUGGUUUUGGGACGUGGUUGUAAAAGGAUGGGCUAAACCUGCGUCACCUGUCCCAGCUGCCUCUCGGGAAGUAGGAGGCUUGAAGGAGGCGGUAUGUCAUUGUAAUGAGACCGGUCUUGCCAAGCAGUGGAUGUCUAGAGCCUGUGGAGAGUUCUGUCUGCAGUCUCUUCUAGAACCUCACUUAUUUCUGACUUUCUCAUUUCAUUGUGACCAGAUCAGGGCGUGGGUCCUUGAGUCUGCGGGGAAGUGCUGAGCGGUGUAUCGAAGGAAAAGCUUAAUUUCAGAGAGGAGUGGGAAGAGGCUUCAGGAAACUCUUAAUAAGCCAGCUGUGUCCCCUUAGAGGGAUCCUGCAGUGAGUGUCUCAAUGAAACUGGCUCGGAUCCCAGCCCUGGGCUGUCCGGAGGAAGGCCGUGUUCCCGACGGGAGCCCAGGCAGCAUUCUGGAUCAGUGACCUGCCUCAGCCCUGCUCUUCUGCUGGUAUGGCUGAUGGCCACCGCUGACCUCGGGUGACCAUGUCUCUCCGGACCCACUCGUCCGCCUCUGCUCCUGCUAAGGGAAGAGUCUGAUCCACCCCCACGAGACACGAGGCGAGGUGGAAGAGAAUCACAUCCGCGCCCUGUUUGCCAUUCCUGGCAGCCCACGGUGGCCUAGAGGGUGCCCCUGACGCUUCUCGGGGAGUUCAUCGGAUCAGUGAAGUCUCUUGUGGGGAGAUCUGUGACUCUGAGAAUUGCCUGAGUUGUUUGUUUGUUUGUUUGUUGUUAUUAUUAUUAUUUUUGUACCAAGGCCUUGAUCUCCAUCUGCCUGUGAGGGACCCAGUGUGCUCACUCCCACCCAGGGGGCUGCCCUCCGUCGGGAAGAUUCGCGCUGGGACACCAGAGCUUUGGAGUCAGGGUAUGGACCCGGAAGGGGAGCACGGCCUCCUGCUCUUGUGCUGCAGUGACCUCGCUCUUCUGUCCUUGAUUAGGGUCUCCUGCCUGGCGGGACAUCCCAGGCUGGUCCGACGAGCUGUCCUGUCUCCGCGUGCGUUGGGAGGUGUGGUCAUGCGUCGGACGUUGCAGGGUCUGACGACUGAUGCGAACCUGUGUCCAUAGUCUGUCCCUGUUACAGAUGCAGACGGGAACCCUGUCCUGCAGGUGACUUUCUCCUUUCCACCCAGCUGAUUGCCACCACCAGGUUUUAAACGUCUGGCAAGUGGGUCUGCCUGGGGACCUGUGCUGGAAGGACCGGCGUCCUGCCCUGUGGCGUUGGCAGGUGGUAAGGACAGAAGUACCCACAGGGACUCGCUGGUUGGCUUGCAGUCAGGCUUCUGUCUCCCGCCGCCUCCUCCUGGGUUCCCACUCCUGCUUCUCAGCCACAUACUUCCGGCCUUCCACGCCCGCCCUGUGGAGUCCGUGGGAAGGGGAUCCAUUUCCAGAUCGUCGGCAUUUUCCCUGCGCUGACUCACUCACGAGCCUUCACUGUGGCCUUUUCGAGCUGAGCUAUUCCUGUGGCAUCUGAAACGGGAGUGAGGGGACGUGGGGGCUGCAAGGUAACGUGUUUCCAGAAGGAGUGUCCCCUCCUCAUGUCCUUUCCGGGAACGGCAUGGGGGAGAGGUGCUGCGUGGGAGGUGGGGGGUCUUGCAGGCAUCUCGGGAGCCCCCCCACCCCUGGAGAGCUGGUAAGCUUCCCCCCGGCAGCCUGGGCAAGAUGUAGCCUCUGUUGCUGGGACACGUCCUGCUCCCCAAGGGGCUGUGUGCCCCAUACCUCCUUGUCCUCAGUGUCUCUCUGAGCGGCGACCUGUCACUUCCCCCACGUCCACUUGGUGGUGCGUGGUCAGGAAGGCAAGGCCAGGGCCAGAGGCAGACGGCCUGGCUCCAGGGUCACCAUCACGGAGGUCAUGUAUGUGUCCCCUCCUGGCCAGUAAACCUUUCAGGGCCAAGAAGAUGCUUCUGGCAUGAGUGUUGCUGACGUCCUCCUGAACUUGGAUUCUUGGGGGGUUUCCACUGCUGGGUGCACUUCACCUCGUAGCAAGUGGGCCACCAGUGGUAAUGAGUGUUCGUUCCUCUGUAGGAUUCACCUGACAUCGGCUUCUGGCCUAUCAACAGGGCCAAUUUCCAAGGCACAUUUUGCUGUCUUGCUGUGGUGUCUCUUAAGGCAGGAAACGAUGAUUUCCUCUCCUACCCCAGCACAACUGUGGCCCCGAGGCAAACCCCUCUCUCGGUUGAAACACCAGCAAGGGGUGCCUCUCCCCCCACUAAUCUGUCCCCAGACGCUCCAGCCUCUGCUCUGUGUCUAUGAUAGUACUUUGGGACCAAAGUCCUGUCCUCUGUGUGGCUGGGUCCCGCAUCCACCGAGCUGCCCAUUACCUCCUGGAGCGGGCUGGGAAGCACGUUCUCCUCUCCUGGCCCAGCAGACACUUCGAGUUCUGUGAAGUGCGGAUAACGGGAGAAGCAGAAAUGCAGCAUUGGUGAGAGCCCUCGAGCAAUCCCAUCCAGAAACUACGUGAGCUGGUUCGGCCCCCACCUUCCUGACUGUGUCUGUGCUGUGUUGGGAAAAUAUCCUGCCCACAACAACAUACACCCAAAAAACCCAAGAAAACAAAACCUAAAGAGUAGGGUAAGGCUGGCAUUGCAAACAACCUUCUUUGCUUUUCUAAAAAUAAGAAAAGAAAAAAAAAAAACCAAAAAAGGGAAAUGGAAACCUGUUUCCUUCAAGUUGCACUGACCAGAGGAUAUCCCAUCGCUUUUAGUUAGGCUCCUGAUGGAAGCGGGGCUCAACCCCCAUGUUUGGGCUCACCCUGGUUAGGCCGCAUAACCUGUUCCACCUGUAUUGGACACGUCUUUCCUGUGUUUGCUUCGAUUGGCUCCUCAGUACACUAGAGUGUCUCAGACCUGUGACCCUCCCCCCACCCCGACCCCUGCUGUAAUCUGGCGGGUCGGUUUGGGUCAGUCUUCGAAGCUCGGUCUCCGUGUCCUGACGUCUCAGAAUGCCGAGUGUCGUAUCAGGCAAGUUCUGAGAUUUGCCUUUUAUCUCAGACCAAACACCUGAGAGCCGUUCUCCCUCGUCUCGCAAGCUCUAGGGGUUUCCUAACUUCUUUCGUAGAGCGCCCAUUUAUGCUUAUUUCUGUAUAUAGAACUGUAAAAACAGUAGCGUCAAAAUCUUCUUUGUGGUUUGAGCGCCCUGGUUGCUUUUUGGUUAAGAUGGUGAAUCUAGGAUCCAAGUACUCUGUUUUGUCUUUAGAAAGCUGUGAUCACAUGUGCAAUUAUUUUUGAAGGGAAAGAUAGUACAUUAAGGUGUCUGUAGCAUGUAAGGAAGCAGUCGCUGAAGAGAUGUGAGCACUGCCCGCGUGUGUUGGUGCAAUGGCCAACAGCAAGGAGCAGCUCUACCCACAGCUCUGACAAUGUAAUGAUGUAAAGAUUCUCCUGCCGUUUCCUGUUCUUUUCUGUUCAAGAGCUUUCUGGAAAUUGCUUUCAUCCCUUUAACUCGAUUGAGUAUUUCAGUUGGUUCUCUUGGCUUUUAUCACUCGAGUUGGUUUACAAGUACCCCAAAACAUGAACGUGAUGAAAGAAUUGUGGUAGUUUUGACCCCCUGAAUUUACCUAAAAAUUGUAAUCGCUGCUUUGGGUUUUGGUUUAAAGCAGCUCUAGUUCAGGUGAUAAGAGCUAAUCCCAGCUAAUCCCAGCUGUCCAUCUUCCUUGUUGGCUUUAAAUGCUGGGGAUUCCGGACCAGAGAGCACGUCAGUCGUCUUGGGCAGCCAAGCUAGAGCAAGGUCCGCCUGAUGGAUACUGCGAAGAAAAGGGAACGUCUGGGAGCAGCGUGGGCUGAAACUCAGCUGCUGAGUUGGGAAAUUGGAGAUGAUUGUUCUUUUAAAUGAUAGAAGAGAGAAACUAUCUCACUUGUUGUUCACAGAAGGCACUAGCAUGAUAUCCAGAGGCAUAAACUAUCCCAAGUUGUGAAUGUCAGAAGCCCCGUUACUGUUUUGCGUUCCAGUUUGAGUAGUUUGUAUUGAAAUCUGAUUCAUAUAUUGUGUACGUUUCAGUGUGUAAAAGGAAAAAAUUCGUGUUUUUACUUUUGGAAUUUGCAGGACAAAGGGCAUGUUGUUGGUUUGCUGGAAGAUUGUAUUCUGUAUAUAUGUUCUCAUGUAAAUAAAUAAAUCUAAAUCAGAGUUAUAUUUUAAUUUUUAUUCUAAAUGAAAAGAAACCCUUUUUACUUGAAAAAAUUGUAAGCCACAUUGUUAAUAAAGUAAAAAUAAGUUCUGCGG